CCGCCAACGAAAAGAGGGCUACAUCAAGAAGCUCGAGCAGCAGGUUCGCGACUUUAUGGAGAUGGAGUCCCAGUAUAAGCAGCUCCAGUCAGAGAGCUAUGCGCUCCGCGAAUACGUCAUCCACCUGCAGUCGCGCAUGCUCGAUACCCAAGGCGAAUACCCCCAGCCCCCGCCCAACGUCAACCUCAACCAGCCCCCACCGCCUCACCUCGCACAGGGUCCCCCGGCGCAUCAGCUUCAAGGCACCGACGCUAUUCCCGGCUCGCAGCCGCCCCACGCCGUCCCUGAGCAGCAGCAACAGCAACAGCAACAGCAGCAGCACAGCAGCAGCAUCAGCAACAGCAGCCGCCGCCGCAGCAGCCAGAGCCCGUCCAGCAGCAGCCGCUCCCAGCCGCCACCGCGCCACCGCCCCCGCCAACGAACGACUCGGCUGUCGGCACACCCCUCGAGGCCGUUGCGCAAGCCGUCGCUGGUCUCGCAGCGCAGGAACAGAUGGCCGAACGCCAAAACUACCCAGGCGGCAAGGACUAUCGCCCGGACGCGGACAUUGAGAUCAAGGCGGACAUGGAGACC